GAUCUACCCUUCAGGAUAUGAUGUUGAAGAAUGCUGUAACAAAGGCAUCCUUGCUUGCAGAGGCGUCAACAUUUGAAGAGUGUCAAAACAUUGCUCAUGAAGAACUACGAUUAAGUCAAAGAAAGAAGAGGCUGGCGCUAGACAUGAAACUUGCAAAAAUCGAGGCUGAAGAAAAAGUUUACACAGGUUUCGCCAUGGCAACCGGAUCACAAGACGAGGCGUAUGGUCAAUUACCAAGAGACGUGGGAUCUAAGAACACGUGUCAGCAAAUUAGAGGCGAGUUAAGAAAAAGUCAAAAUAUGGAAUUCGGCUCACAAGUACAAAGGAAGCCAACAAAAACAGGAAUCAUAGGUGAGCAAACAUUUAAACAAUUUUCAGAAUUUGGCUAUCCCCAACAAGAACGUCAGUUGAACCCACAUGCUCCACCUUGGAAGUCACCCCUGCAACAAGAUUUUACUGAUGAAACAUGUGCCAACCCGACAUUAAAUGGCGAAGAUUACCUUGAGACAAUGAAGAAAUUAGCAGUUGCUGCACUUUUACCAAAAUCUGAAAUCAGUAUGUUCGAUGGCAACCCCUUGAAGUAUUUUCUUUUCAUACGAUCUUUUCAGAAUAAUGUUGAGAAUGACACUUGUGAUUUUAGCAAACGGUUGCAGCUUUUAGUUCAGUUUUGUACAGGCAAAGCAAGAAGAGCAAUAGAAGGAUGUAUUCUUCUCGAACCUCGGGAUGGAUAUUUGAAGGCAAAACAAAUCUUGGCUGAACGCUUUGGUGAUGCAUAUACUGUAUCAGACUCGUGGUUAAAGAAAGUAUCCUGUGGUCCUGUGAUAAAGCCUGGUGACAGAGAAGGCUUGCAAGAAUUAGCAGAUGACCUCGAGAACUGCGAGAUGACUCUGAAGGCUGCAGGCAGAUUGACACAGCUAAACAAUGAAGACCGAUUGGUGAAAGUCCUAGAGCGAUGUCCAAACUUUGUGAAGUCCCGUUGGCAAUCUCGUGUCCAGGAGAUCAGAUCGUAUCAUAGAGAGCCUACAGUUGAAGAUGUACGGUGCUUGAUCAGAACAAUAUCAAAGGAAAAGAACGACCCCGUUUUUGGUGCUAUCAUGGACAAUGUUAACAGGGAACAGUCAUCACGAAAUGACAAGAACAGAAGAUCAAAUGCGACAUAUCCGCAGCGAAGCUUGAAUUACAGUAUUCAGACUUAUGACAAGAAGCCAAAUGUCACUUCACCAGAUGUGCGAUGUUAUUUCUGUGAGAGAAACCAUAAAUUGGCAAGUUGCGUGGAAUUCAAGAAGAAAUCUGGUGAGGAACAGUUUAAUUUCAUUCGUUCAAAGAAGCUCUGUGAUAAUUGUCUAUCAUCAUUUCACUUCUCCGCUGGUUGCAAACAAAGAAAAGCCUGUACAGUGCCAGAAUGUAAUCUACGACGCAAACAUUUGACAGGAAUACAUGACUCUGUGGUGGCAUACGAGAAACGGCGUAAGGAUGAAAGCGGAAAAUAUGCAGAUAACGAAGCUCGCAGAAGAGAUUCGAGUCCAGACAAUGAUAAGUUUGUUGGAGUAACACGAUGUAACGAUCAAGAAGGCGACAACGUUGGAUUACCAAUAGUUCCAUUAAUGGUAAAAGGGACAGGAAGUGACAAAUUAUUUAAGACAUAUGCACUCCUUGACAGUGGAUCUACUGCCUCAUUUUGUAGUGAAGCCCUCUUGGAUAAACUUGGUGUGACUGGAAGAAAGUGUGAAUUGUCAGUCGCUACGAUCAAUGGUUCAAAAACAUAUUGUCAGACGUCAGUUGUUAGUUUGGAAGUGAUGGAUCUUGAGGAAACAAAGCACCUUCAGAUGCCUAAUGUAUUUUCUACAAAAAUGUUGAAUAUUCCAACAUCAGCUUUGGCUUGUCAAGAAGAUGUCAAAAGAUGGCCGCACUUAGAAGGGAUAACGUUACCCGGUACUAUUAACGAUGGUGUAGUGAGUUUGCUGAUUGGCAUGGAUGUACCAAAUGCUUUGCAGCCACUAGAGGUGCAAAAAAGUGAAAAUGGUGGUCCGUAUGCAGUAAAGACAAUGUUUGGUUGGACAUUUAAUGGACCCAUUGGUGUUUCUUCCAAACAAGGUAAUCAUUGCUUUCAUUCCAAUACUGUUUCCUCUGAUAAUCAUCUUUAUGAUCAGUUGAAGAAGUACUUCAAUCAAGAGUUUGAAGAGUCAAUUGUUGAUAACAAGAAAAUGAUGUCUGUAGAAGAUUCCAGAGCUCUUGCUGUAUUUGAGAAUUCUGUAUGUUUACACGAAGGCCAUUACCAUAUUGCAAUUCCGUGGAAGCACAAUCCUCCAAAUAUACCAAAUAAUCGACCAAUGGCACAGAAAAGGCUGGAAUACUUGAGAUGUCGGCUGGAAAGAGAUCCAGAUCUAAAACAGCGAUAUAGCAAUUUCAUUGACGAUUUACUUGAAAAGGAUUACGCCAGACAAGUUCCAGAAGCAGAAAUAGAAGUGAGCAACGGCAAAUUAUGGUACCUGCCACACCAUAGCGUGAAGCAUGCGAAGAAACCAGACAAAGUCAGAAUUGUGUUCGACUGUGCUGCAAAGUACAAGAAUGUUUCUUUGAAUGAAAAUGUUCUUCAAGGUCCUGACUUGACAAACUCACUCAUUGGUGUCUUAUGCAGAUUUAGAAGUGAACCCAUUGCCCUCAUGGCGGACGUUGAAGCAAUGUUUCAUCAAGUACGUGUGACUUCUGAUGACGUUAGUGCAUUGAGAUUUCUAUGGUAUCCACGAGGCAAUUUGAAGAUGGAACCUGUGGAAUAUCAGAUGAUGGUACACAUAUUUGGAGGGGUAUGGUCUCCAAGCUGUGCGACGUUUGCCUUGCGAAGAGUUGCUGAAGAUAACUCCAGAUUUUACAACGAUGAAGUGAUUCAGACAGUGCAAAGAAACUUUUAUGUGGAUGAUCUUCUCAAAGCUACAAAGGAUGCAAAUAAAGCAAUCAUAAUGCAAAAACAGCUCACCGAUUUGCUGGCGAGAGGAGGAUUCCAUCUGACAAAAUGGAUGAGCAACUGUCGAGAGGUCAUAGAUGCAAUACCAGAAAAUGAAAGAUCAAAGGAACUAAAAAAUGUUCAUCUCGAGGCUGACAAGCUCCCGACUGAAAGAGCUCUUGGGUUGCAGUGGAAUGUAGAAACAGAUGCUUUCACAUUUAAUAUCAGCAUGAAAGAUAAAUCAAGAACCAGAAGAGGAAUGUUAAGUAUUAUUACAUCUGUUUAUGAUCCACUUGGGUUUAUUUCGCCAUUCAUCUUGACAGCAAAGACAAUUCUUCAGCGUUUAUGCAUGGAAAAUGUAGGCUGGGACGAGCAAGUAACUGGUCGCAAUCUCGAGGAAUGGCAAAAUUGGUUGCAAGAUCUAACAAAAUUGGAGCGCAUUGAAGUGAAAAGAUGUUAUUCAAAUUCAGGAAUCAGCAAUUCAGUCAAAAAUCAGCUGCAUCAUUUCAGUGAUGCCUCCGAAAUUGGAUAUGGAGUGGCAACGUACCUGCGAUCUGUAAACAAAGAUGGUGAAGUUUCUCGUUCAUUUGUUAUUGCGAAGUCAAGACUAACCCCCCUGAAACGAAUUACAAUCCCAAGGCUAGAGCUGACUGCUGCAACACUUUCUGUAAAGUUGGAUAGCAUGCUCAAACGUGAAUUGGACAUGAAACUAGGUGAGUCGGUAUUUUGGACAGAUAGCACUGCUGUAUUACGCUAUAUAGCGAAUGAAAGCAGAAGAUUUCAUACAUAUGUUGGGAACAGAAUUGCAGUGAUACACGAUGGGUCCAGUCCAUCUCAAUGGCGAUAUGUUGAUACAAGUUUAAAUCCAGCAGAUGAUGCAUCCAGAGGUCUCAGUGCUGACGGUUUAAUAAAUAGUCGUACAUGGUUAUAUGGCCCAAAAUUUCUGCAAAAGGAAGAGAAUGAGUGGCCAAAGGGCGUGUUUAUUGAAGAUUUGACUGAAGAUGACGUCGAAGUCAGAAAGGUUGUACUAACAAAUUCAGUGCAAAUCAACUCAUCAAAAGGUAUGACAAAUCAGAUUUUCUUGAAGUUCUCUGAUUGGACCAUUCUAAAGAAAUCUGUAGCUUGGUUAUUGAGAUAUAAGAACUGGUUACUGCAGAACAUUAGAAGUAUCAAUGAGACACAAAGUGGAAUCAAGAGUUACAGACUGAGUACAGAAGAGUUGCGUGACGCCGAAUGUGCAAUAGUGAAAUGUGUACAAAAUGAAUGUUUUACUGAAGACUUGAAGUUACUGCAGUCACCCCAGAAAUCAGUAAGAAGAUCAAGUUCGCUUCGCAGAUUAGAUCCAGUCAUAAUUAAUGGUGUUAUGAGUGUAGGUGGCCGACUUAGCAAUGCUCCGUUUAACAGUUAUGAAGCAAAGCAUCAGAUUAUUCUUCCCAAGCAACAUCAUGUAAGUGAUCUUAUUAUACGACAUUUUCACCUGCGAUCUGGACAUUUUGGCCAAGAGUAUGUCCUUGCCUGUAUACGCGAAAGAUUUUGGAUCAUUCAGGCAAGGAUAUCAGUGCGACGAAUAAUUAGAGGUUGUUUUGAUUGCAAACGUCGAUGCGGAAAUUUGGGAAAGCAGAAAAUGGCUGAUUUGCCAGAAGAUAGAGUGACACCAGAUAAACCACCUUUUUCAUUCGUUGGAAUAGACUGUUUUGGUCCCUACCUGGUCAAAAGAGGAAGGUGCAUGGUAAAAAGGUAUGGAGUUAUAUUCACUUGUCUCACUAUAAGAGCAAUUCACAUCGAAAUUGUUUUCAGUAUGGAUACAGAUUCAUUUAUAAAUGCUUUACGAAGAUUCAUUUCAAGACGAGGACGUCCCGAGCAAAUAAGGUGUGACAAUGGCCCAAACUUCAGAAGUGGUGAAAGAGAACUCAGAACUGCAAUUCAACAAUGGAAUCAGAACCAGGUGCACAAAUUUCUUCUUCAGAAAGACAUCAAGUGGAUAUUCAACCCUCCAACAGCUUCGCAUAUGGGUGGUGUAUGGGAACGAGCAAUAAGAUCAGUGAGGCGUGUUUUGAAUGCGAUUUUGAGAAAUCAGACGGUCGACGAUGAAGGUUUGCAUACACUUCUAUGUGAAGUUGAAGCGAUACUUAAUGCGAGACCACUCACCAAGGUAUCAGAUGAUCCUCAGGAUUUGAAUGCAAUCACACCAAAUCAUUUGCUGCUUCUAAGAUCUAGCCAACAAUUUCCUCCUGGUGUUUUCAAAGGUAAAGAGCAUUACAGUACCAGACGAUGGAAGCAGGUCCAAUACAUGACUGACAUAUUUUGGAGACGAUGGACAAAGGAAUACUUACCUACACUGCAAACAAGACAGAAAUGGCAUUCAAUUGAGCGUAACCUAAAGGAAAAUGAUUUGGUAGUGGUUAUGGAUCAAUCACAGCAUAGAAAUCAGUGGCCUUUAGGGAGGAUAGUUGAAAUCUAUGCUGGGAGAGAUGGCCUGGUGAGAUCAGCAAAGGUGAAGACAUUGAAUUCGGAAUUUCGAAGACCUAUAACAAAACUGUGUUUGUUGGAGGCAUCUGUCGAAGAUUCAGGAUCAAUGGCAGAAAUAAAACAGUCUCUAUAAUUUCCUGUUUGGGCGCGGGAAUGUAGAAAACAGAUUGUUUUUAAUCUUAUUUACUUGUUGUUGUUUUUUUUUUCAGUAGAACUAUUUUGGACUUUUGACCCUGCUAUUAUUAGAAACUUUUAGCAUUGUUUAGGCAUGUCCUCGGGGACACGUGACAUUUCUUCUCGUUAUAAGCGUGUCUUCGAGGAUUUGCAUUAUAGCCCUAUAUAAGCUUUGGGCGUGUUUUUACCCAGGAAGAAGAGAGAACAACAUCGAUAUUAGUACGUGCGAUAUUAGUAGUACUGUUGCUUAGAUAAUGCUAUGCUACGAGGUCAAAUAAAUAGUAAGUUGAAAUUAAUUUGGUUAACCUGUAAUCGUUUAUGUUGCUUUUUUCUUCAAGUUGUUAUUUUCAUUUAGUUGCAUUACAUUUAGACCUCGUUAAUUAAUUAUGUAUAAUUUUAUCAACUAUUUCAUUUAGCGAACAAUUAUCAAGAUAGAAAGAACGCCAGCGUUGUUUUUGCUUAGUGGAAACUGGGUUCAUUUCUGAUUAGUUCGUGCCCUCCUCAGUAGCAGAUUUGCUUUGAAGCUACAGAUAUCAUUUAUCCACAAAAAACGUAAAACAUCUUGAUCCCCUUUAAUGACGCAUAUCAUGUGAAAUGCCUUUUCCACGUAACUAAUUAGCGCGACUUUAUAACUACAGAAUCUCAGCAGAAUAUCAAGAAUGCUAGGCAUGAAACUAGGGCCUGCGUGUAAAUAUUCGCUUAAACUUGGGGAUUCAGCAUAUAUUUUUGCGCUCCCAUCCAUUACUACGCACACCUUAGUUGUCCUGGCAUCCUUUGGUGUUGGCUCCUCGGCAAAGAAACCGUAUAAUGAUCUUUAUCAUAUUUCAAUUCAGUUAUAAACUGUUCUUCAACAGUUUUAAUAUCGUUUAUUCCUAAUGUUUCAAGUUUGCAAAGUUCUUCAAACCUUUGCAACCUUUAAAAUUUCGAGAUUUCGACCGUUUCUUCUGGAACAAUUAAACUGCUACAGUCUACUCUUAAAAUAUAAGUUGUUGCAAGAUUACCACUAGAUAGCAAAUUUCUAGGAAUGUCAUCCAAAGUUUGUACGGACUGCAACGGGGUCCACAAUAGACUCCCCUCUUACAAACUUGCCAGUAAAAACUCUGCAAAUUGUGUCACUACCAUUUGAAUUUCUACCACAGACUACUGCUACAAUGUCACAUGAUGUUUCUUUCCCUCAGUAGAAUCAGGUAAAUCAGGCUAGAAAAAGGUAAAUGUUUGAUUUGGUCUUGUUUGGUCUCCCUAGAAAAAUUUAUACCGAAAACUUGUCAAAAAUGGUUUUGGUUUAGUGUUUUCUCUUUUCUCUUAGAGGAAUAUAAUACAGACACUAGGCUCUUCCAUAUGAGAUACUAAAAAAGUUACUUUGACUGUUUGGAGGGAAAAUCUUUCUAUUUUAGAUAGCAUACUUAUAUUGACAAAUUGUUUUUCUGUUAGAUUAUAAAAAGAUUGGACACAUCUUUACAUAUUGUAUGUUUAAAUGCGCUACCUCUCUACUGGACAGAUACAACUGUAUACGAAAAGCUGAGGCAGGCUUUGACCAGGAAGAGCCUUCAAGAUGGGAUCAAACAGGCAUCUCCACUUUCCCAGACCAGUGCAUUAGAGGGUUUCCAAUCGGUGCUCCAAAAAUGAUUGCUUUCAGUUAUACAGGAAUGUUGAUUAGGUAGGUUGUAUUAAACAUAUUUUUAUCCUUGUCAUAUAUCACUUUUCAAGAAUUUGUUAAGAUUGUUAAAGUGGCAUGAUCAUUAUUGUUGCAUUAAUAUUCCUAUCCUUUUAAGACAUAGUUUGGCAAUUGUUCACUUCAAUUUAAACUUGUACUGCGAUGUACAAACAACACAGGAUGGAUCUGGUACACCCCAAGUUAAGGUCACCUACCUACCCAAAAUUCAAGAACGGAGAAGCAACUGUCAAGGAAGUCAGAGUGAAACAGAGAUUUGGUAUGGGCAUUUAAAGAUCACUAGCAUAUAAUUCUAUAUAUUCAUUUUAUUUAAUUGUCUGAAGAUAUUGAAUAAACUCAAAUAAAAGAAAGAAUCAACAUUGAAAAUAUGUAACACAAUAAGUGCAGUACUGACAUUGUAUACCCAAACAUAGAUUAAGUUCCUGAUAUCUAUGAGACAUUGGUGGAUGCCAUAGCUGCUAACAACCUGAAUGCUACAGUUGAACAUUUAAAUAAACUCGCUCCUGGUCCAAUGUGUUCAGCAAUAGAAAAGGGAGAUAGGUUUGCUGCCAUUGAAAAGCAUUUUGCCCGUAUAUCUGCAGUGACUGUUCCAGUUCCUUCAACAACAUCAGGUACCAAAUUUUCUUUAUUUGUUAAAGCAGAUUUGAAUCAUAGUUUUACCAUUUUACCAUUACAAUCAACGAAAGCUUUAAAUAUAUGAAUGGUUCUUUUUCUAUCUUUUCAGUUGAUGAAGUAGUGAGCCAGAAACAACAGCAAAAUCGAUAUGCACCCCCUCGAUGUUCUAUCUGUCAUAACUCAAUGAAAGGUCACAAAAACUGUUUUAAAUGCCCAAAAAAACCAAUAAAUAAAUCCCUUAGCUGAGUCAAACAAAGGUGCAUUUUGCUAAAGCUAUCUUAGAAGUGGUUUGCUUUUUUGCUUUCAAGUUUGCCCCUAUGAGGAACUCAAUUCUGCAUUUUGUAUUGACCCAAAAUCAUCGGAAAGUGUUGAAGUAGCUUACCUUGUCUGAAUGAUAAUGCAGACCUUUAUCAUAUAGAACAAACUUUGAUUAAAAUGUCAAAUACCAUUUGUGAGCUAGUCAGUCGUCAUCUCUUUGGAAGGAAAUUUCUGCCUGAUUUUGUUGUAAGCACAGGCUGGGAGAGGGAUUCUUUUGUUUCCUAUUCUGCCAUGCGCCAGCCUGGUAAAUUCUCUAUAAGAGAUAGCACGAAGAAAUCUAGAAAAGAUUUAAAAUAAUAAACUAUUAGUUUAUGUCCAGAAAUCAACAUUUUUAAAAAUAUUGCAUGAACACAAACUGAUUUAUUGUGCUUUACAUGCACAUAUAAUAAAUAAGUAAUGAAUUGGAAAACAUUCAAAAAAGCUUUGUGAAGCUAAAUUCUGUAAAAAUUGCCAAGAUAGAUUUAAUAGAUAAGCCUUACAUUUAAAUUUUGUUCAGUUUGUGCUAUAAUAACUGAUGUACAAAAGUAUGCAAACAUAAUAAGUAUCCAAAAAAUGUUGUACAUACUUAUUUUCAUCACCAGUGUUUUUAUAAUGGCUUUUUUAUCUUGUCCUGUAUCGAUCUGCUGCCUGCCUCAGUGACCAUUUUCCAAGAAUUACUGGCUCAAAUGCUGGGUACUCAGUUACACAUUUGGGUACAUCAUUGAGAUCUGCCAGAAUUCUUUUCUCUGAAAGACAAACAUUGACAGCCUCAAGGUCACUGCAACAGCAACACUCUUUUGGUUUUGCAAGUAUAGUCAAAUUGCAAUUACCACACUUGCACCUAAGAUAUAGUAAAAGUGAAUAGUUAAGAAUGAAGUAUUAUAAUAAUGAUGGUUCUGACAGAAAAAGUGUUAAUGGUGUCUACCCUUGCUUCCUUAAUUGUUUGUUUUUUAUAAUUGAGUUGUGGAUACAAAAAAUUGAAAUAUCUCUGGAAAUGACAAAGCUUAGGCAUUUCCUUUGCCAGUCACCAAAAAGUAUCAAAUUUAAGUGCAAACAAAAAUGCAGAAACAUAUAAUAAUAUUUUCAAAUGCACCUUUGUUAAUAAGCCCCAUCCAAUUAGCCCCUACUGUUGAUGUGAAAAACCCCUACCCCUACAAGCCAAUUAUAAAGAACAUCAAUGAACAAGAAACAAAGACAAACGAAGCAUUUUCACCACAACCCAACGUUUAAGCUGAAUUCACACUAGACGCGUUUUUUUGCCGCUGCCCAUAUAACGUUAGCGCCUUUAGACACAUUGCGUGCGCACCGUGUUUUUUUAGCAAUGCGUCAUAAUGCGACACGCCACUUCAGAACAAUAGUGCAAGCCUUGCAGACAAGUUCAAAUUUUGAUAAUGGCGGUGGCUAGCUUCAACAAGGAAUGUUUAAUCAAAGCAGUGAGAAGAUAUUUAUUUGUAGACUGUGUAUACACUAUCUAUCCAUCUCCUUAAAUGUGUGAUCUAACCACUAAGCAAUCUUAUAGAGGUAGAAGUGGUAGUUUUGUAUUCUUCAACUCUCAUAGAAUAAUACAUAAAUUCAUAUUAUAUAUCAUAUAUCAUAUACAGGCAAUAUUUUAUAUUUAUUGCUAUAAAAAAACUCGAGUUUACAUUCACAAGUUUACAAGCCAACAUUUUUUUGUGUUGUCUAUUAUAUAUCUGGUAUAUAUUACUUACUUGCCAGGGUUUGAAUUCCAAUCUCAACAUUGCUAUUCCAUGAAUUGUAUCCACUUUAAAGCAAUGAAAGCUUUUGUUCAACUUGAUGCAUUGGAGACUCUGAAACAAUUGAAGCAAUUUUUUUGCAAAGCUGAAAAGCUUUUCUUUAAUUAUGACUUUGUUACAAUAUCAGUGCAUUAUUAUUACUAUCAUCUGCACUGAUAAUUACAUUAGCAUCCUCACAACUUUCUUAAAUUGAAGAUUGUGCAACAUGAUGCUUUGAAUGAUAGUAGCUUGCAGACCAUCUUGUUGCACACAAAGAAAUCCCCAAUCAGCAUACGGAUGGUAAAUAUGUGUCUGCACCACAAUAGCAUAGCUGUCCGAAAGGAACACUCACAUGAUGUCUUUGUUACUUUCAACAGUCAAGCCUUGGUCUUAAUUCUAGAAUUUUCAUUUUUGCAUGCCUCUAUGUCCUUCUUUAGACAUCAUUUCCAACUGCUGAAGGACAAAAGUAAAUGCAUAUGGAGUGAGAUAGUUCACAUAGAACUCUUCAGUGGUGUGUGGCUCAUAAGGUAUCACUGGUCUUUUUUGCAUUGAAGUAAUGGCCUUGUGAUCUUGGGCAAUUUUGGUGGAUCACAAAGUUAUUAGGAAAUUGUCAAAGAAUUCACUUCAAUUGUCAUUUUGUGGGCAAACCCCUUGAUUCUUUGAUUAAGGGAUUAAGCCUGGUUCCCAUAUAAUCUUAAGACUGCGGCAGACGAUCUGCAACAGUGAUAUUUCCACAAUUUGAAGAAGACAGUAACAUGGUGAUCCACAAAUUCAUUGUCUUAGUUGUGAAUAGAAGAACAAUAUAGUUCGAACCUUCGUUUUGCUGUAGCUUUCUACAAGAGCUUUGAUGUUAUUUUUUGAAGAAUUUGUGUUUAAUUUUGCUCUUAUAUUUGAGACGUCUCGCCCAGUUACAAUUUUUCCAGUGGCCACCUGAAGGUGUUCUUGCAAAACUUUUUUGUUGCAUCGAAGACUGAUUAGUUUUACAGCUUCAUCUAGUCUUCGUUGCUGUGGUAGAAGGGCAAAGGAAACCUGCAAAGUAAAAUUGAAACAAUUAAUUUUGGACGACGUACUUGAAAUUUGCCAGAACCAACAUAAAGUCAAACAGUUGUUUCUUAAAAUUAGCUGGUUUAUUGUUAAACAGUUGCAAUAAGUAGUUCCAUAUACAAUGAGCAUUAUACCUUAAAUCUGCCUUACCUCAUUGCAUUCAUGAUUACGUGUCCCUUGAAAAGAUACCACUUUCAGCAUACUGCCAACUGAAAGCCUUAUGUCUGCUGGACAAUCUUGUGCUAAACAAAAUAAAAAAAAACAAAAUGUCAUUUGAGCACAUUGUAAAUAUUACAACAUAAAUCCUCCAACCUGAUAUUUUCUAGAAAAUACAAGAUAUCUUCCAUCAGCAGUUUAAUCUGUAUCAGAAUCCAUGAAAAUACUGCCAUAGCCUCAACAUCAACCUAUGAAACACAUUGCAAGGCCGCAGAGUAGGGUUUCAUACUUCAGACAAUGACUUUUUUGGGGAUAUACAGUUUGGGGAUAAUGUGAUCAUAAAUACAAAAUCAACCGAGAAAGCGAAAAAGAGCAUUUACCUUUGAUUUGGUCUCCUCCCAUUUGAUUUUAAUAGAAACUCAUUUCCACCUGCGAUGCAAGCAUACACAAGGUAGUAGCACUUCAACUCUGGCUACAACUCCUUGCCCGAUGUAUGUUUUCAAGCUGCGGCAAUAGUCCUUGAAUCUUUCACAUAGAAAAGUGGGAAAGUCGUCUCUUGAAACUUUGUCAAACUCUCUUUCAAAGCAGCGAAGCUUGCAAAUUCUUUACCAACUUUGAAAAGAUCCUUCAUCGACCAAGCUUUCCAAACUUGUUGACUUCAAGACGAAAACUAGCACUAACAUUGUCACAAUCUGCUAAAGUCACAAGAAGAGACUAAACAUGUUUCUGUUCUGUCUUGGUCAGUCCUUAGACCACCGCCCAAGCUAUAGUCAUGAAGAGAGACUGAACAUGUUUCUGUUUCAUUCAUUUUGAUUGCUCCUUAGAGCAGCGCCAAAGCGACAGUCAUGAAGAGGGACAAUAAAUUUUCCAUGUCUCAUGAUUUUUUUUUAACUUUUACAGAUGUAGCUUGUUUGGUCAAAAUUUUUAACAAGGCCUAAAUAAUUAUGUUAUUUUCUUUAAAGGAUGGGCUGAAGAUAAAAAGUUUUUUUUGGUGCUGACUACAAAAUAAGAGUAACUCAUCGCUACUACUACCUAAUUCUAUUACAGAUGGAGCUAGCUGGUGUUGACUUUGGAUAUUUUUAUGUUUUUCUCUGUAGGAGUGAAUAUGGCCAUGCUGUGUCACCAAGAAAAGGGAAACCUGUAAGGAAGAACUCAGAAAACAUUCUAUCUGAUAAAUUUCUACAUGCCAGUAGAAAUAUUGCCAGAACUUGUAUGAAGAAAACUAGAAACAGGACAAAAACAAUGACAGAUUUAUGCUCUUCAUCUUCAACAGUUUAUGCAUAUUUUUAUCAAUAUCAGGAGUAUUUUUGUCAGGCAAUGGAAAGGGAUCAAUAACAUGGCAAACAGAAUUGACAAAAGAAGAAUGAUCUGAAUUCUUACCCUCUAAUGGUUCAGAAAUAACCCAACCAAGAGCUGUUUCUAUGGCCACUGGCUGGAGUUUGCCCCCCUCUUAUCACAUGGCCAUCUUGAAAACUCCACAAGUAGUUGGCACCGAUCAAGACAUCAAUCUCAAGUUAAUCUUCAUCUGAAAAAUCUGAAAACUCAAUAUUCAUCAAUUGUGGAUAUGCAUUAUUAAUAACAUCAAUAUGGUAGUUAGCAACAGUGCUGAUUUCAUCAAUCAUUUGGCUUCAAUUAAAAUGCCCUUACCACCACUCAAUGAAACUAAUUAGAUACCAUACACCUUUCUCAUCACAAUUUCUGGCUCACUACUCCCAAAUGUUUUGACUCCAAGCUUCUUCUCCUUCAGUGGCUUCAAUCUCAGCCUAACAACUAGCAACUCCCUCAGUGCUGCUGGGUUGGGCUUCCUUACAAGUGGGUUCCUUAUCCUGGCAAAGCAAAUAAUGCUGUCUACCUUCACAAUACUUACAAUGAAACUUACUCUUAGAGAGAAAAUGCAUUUACCUACCUCUAAUCUUUAAAUAUUGGAAGUUAAAAUCAAAAAGCGUAUUAACAAAUUUUUUUGACUCCCACAAGCUUAUAACAGGAAAAGUCAGUUUCAAAGGUCAAUUUUCUCUCUAUAGUUGCAUAGAGCUAUGAAAACUCUGCUAUAUAUGAAAUUUUCAUCUUUCUAAACCUAAAAUUGAGCUCAGAAGCCUUUCCAAAAGAAAGAGCGUUUUGGCGAAAACUGAUUUUUGGAAAAUAACAUUUCAAAAUUCUACAGAGGUUUAUAGUGUUCUACAGAGGUUUAUAGCAUUCUACUAAAACCCUCCAGGGCUAUAGGUUGUUCCUUCUUGCUGGAUGCUGCUCUCUUCCAAUGCUUUCCUUGAACUCCUUCUUCCUUUUCUUAUCUUUUUUUGGAUUUCAGUGGCAUUUCUGUUACUGUCUUUUAUUCCUUUCCUGUCAGUUUUACGGAAAAGUUCUUGUGUAUUCCGUCUUGGAGAAAUACCUAACUUCUGGAAGACUUCACAAAGAGCUUGUUUUUUUUCAUUAAAUACAAUGACUGCACCAGCAGAUGCAGCAUCCAAGUGAUUCCUUCCAGAGGCCAGUGACUUUGGACACCUUGCCCAAAUAAGGUGAUUUAGGGACUCACAGCUAUUCUGUGUGAACCCCCCCCCCCCCAAGGCAACCUUCGAGGAGCUUAUCCUGUGUCAAUCUUUCAUAAACAGGCUUCACUACCUCAAAGACUGCCUCAGGCAAAGGUUUUGCAUGAUGGUAGGUCUCACCCUUCUGUGCAGCCCGGUGGAAUUUACACCAAGUGUCUUGGCCCUUAGGACAAAACUGAUGUUGAGGCUUCUCAUCUAUAGGGGCAAUGUGAUAGAGUCCUGCCAAUGCUUCUUUCUUCAUGCCUUCCAAGUACUCUUUAUAUCUACGAAUAAAGAGGCCAUAGUACGUUUGUAGCUUAUCAAUUCUGUCAGCUGUUAGCCUACCAUAGCCUCCUAUUGUCUUCCCAUCUGACAGUUUGCUACUUCCAUACUUGUUUUUCAGCUUCCGAAGUGCCCAACCCAGCCGCUUUUGAAUAUGUCCUACACACUCGAAUUUCUUUAUAUCCUUUCCAUUAUAAGGAUUGAACUUGGCAAUGGAGGGGUAAGAUUUAGAAUCACCAUCUCCUAUGAACCCAGUCUAUUGGAGAUGGUUUUGGGAUUCAGAUCUUUGGUAGAUUCUUUUUACCCCCUCUGGCUCCAUUGAUGGGGCUGACCCAGUAUAAUUAAUUUAGCAUGUGUGACCUGCCAGCCACUUAUCUUUUUCAUGGCUAUCUGGCUUCUUUUUCUACCUGGCACAGCCAUAACAAACUUUGUUUAAAGUUUCAAAGUCAAGACAUUUCCCUGCCUUAGCUGGAAUACAAGUAACUGCUCCUUGUAAAGAGGAGAAGCCACGCUUACGCCAAGUGCCACCAAACAUGGCUUUACACUCAGCAAUUGCAGCACCUUCCCCCUUUUCUUAAGCAGCUUUCUGGUACAAUCUGGCUUUUUGCUCAAGUGCAUCUUUGACAGAUUUUAAAGUUGUAUUAUAGACUUGAUCUGUCAUUGGUGUGGGCAUAUUCAAAAAUGCACACAGAGUUUGCAAUGCAGUUCUUCCACCCCCAAUUUCCCCCAAUCCCCAAUCCCCAUUGCAAGCACAGCACUAUGAUUGACAAUAAAGUCUCUUGAAGUAGCACAGGUUUCUGAGGUGUAUGUUUGUGUAACAUUAGAGCAAGUAUUGCAUUCAAUUGUAAGCAGUGAAGCAAGGCCCAUCUUUUGGUCAAAGUUUUCUUUGAUUGAUAAUUUUCCCGCUUUACACCGACCACACACAGAUGACAUAUCAAAAAUUCCCUGAAGAAUUGACAAAUCUCUCAAUCAAAAUCCUUCUGAGUGAUUCUGGCUUUUUCUAUCAAGGUCAAUUUGUACUUUUCUUGCACUUGCACCUUGGACCUCUUCCUAGAGAAGAAGAGUUUUUUAUCAGACAACAUGCACUACUUGCAAUUUUAUCCAAUAAACUUGAAUAAUAUGAAAAAAAUAUCUUACCUCAACACGUUCCUCGACAUCAACAUGUGCUUUACUUGUUGAAGCAAUAGAUUCACUGGGCCUUCGACCUCGGAACUUUUUCUUGCUUCUUUUCACGCUCGCAAAUUUCCGUUUAUCUCCAGGAUUCAUAAUAACUCACAGUUGCAGAAACACGAAAAACUAUCGUAAACUUAUGAAACAAUUAUCUGGUCUGAGACUAAACGAUGAACUGAUAAGUAAACGGUUGUCAGCUUUGGUGAUGGAUUAAAGUAGCUUUUCUCUAUAGAAACAAGCAAAUUGUGAUUGGUCGAUCAAUCGAGUGGGGCCUUUUGAUUGGCUAAGACUGUUUGUAGCAAUAGAACAAUCGAGAACAGGCUAGUUCAAUCUCACUGUCUUUUUCGGCAAGGUUUCUGGAAUAAAUGAGGCAUUUUGAUAAUGGCAAAACUAACGAGAGGAUGAGGAUCAAAAUGAUACCUUGAUGCUAUAGGCCGUCGCGUUGGAGAGAAACUGAUGGUUGACAAAAAUGCAACGAGGCGAUCCACAAAACAGCUGUUUUCAUCUAUAUGAAGGGAAGGUAGGGGGUAGAAAAGGGGCUGCAUAAGCGGCGGGUAGCAUUUUUUUACAUCAAAAAGUUUUGUAUGAGAAACUAUAAUAAAUUUGCCUACGGAAUCAACAAAAAAAAUUUUUAUUAAAAUUUUCAAUUUUGUUGGUUUUUAGCCUAGAGAGUGUCCUUAAGGCACAAAAAACACCAGGAAAAUUUCAUUAAAAUAGUUUUAAAUUCUUCAGGGUUUACGUAACGCUCACAGUUCGCAGCUUCGUGCGAUCCUAGACAGAACUGGCAUUCAUUACAAUUGUCCUUUCCAUGACACUUGCUGUGCUGACUCGCUCCAUGUGAUGUUGCAACCUAGGCCAAUCUCCGCAUUGUGGAUUUGAAAACUGGUACGUGGCUUUCUCUUAUCUCCAGCCCCUUAGUAAACGCGUGUAACAAAUCUUCUAUAAUCCACUCUAAAUGAUUGCUACCAAAUCUAAACAUGUUUAGCCGCACAGCCUCUGGAAUCUUCUCCAACAAAACCGGAACAACAAUGCCUCAAUAGGAAUCAUGAUCAACACCCAGAGCAUUGAGACUACGAACAUUUGUCUCGAUAUCAUCGUGCAGCUGUCUCAUUCUUGGGGUCUUCUUCUUGUUGAAAACAGACGACAAGUUUAGAAAUUCGUUUAUAUGGGCUUUCUUUAUCACAAUUGUCUUUGCAAAGCGACUUUUUAAAUUGUCUAUGGCAGAAGCAUAAUCCGUGUCUGUUAAUGACAAGCCUCCAAUGAUAUGACUUCGAAUAUUUGAAUUUGUCAAACUUUGCUAAUGCAGAUGAAUCAGGAAUUUCACUUUUGAGGAGUCCCAGAACUCCUGCCAAUCUUGAGCCUUUCCAGAAAAUUCCUGCAAGUUAAUUCUAGGCAAUUUCACCCAGACAUUGUAGCUGUUUAGAGCUUGAGCUGCGUGAGCUUGGUCGAACUUUGAUCUGCUAGACUAGACACUUUCUUGAGAUACGCUUUGUUCUAUUGACGUAGACUCUUUUGAACUGGAGUGGUCAUCAAAUGCUUUCGCUAAGCAAACCAAUCUGAAUAAAACUUUCUCCAUAAUCUCACUGGCACUUUCAGCUUCUUCAUCGCAUGUUUCAUCAUUUUCCUCGGCAUAGUACAAACUUUCUAAAAUAUUCUCGUCAUUCUCUUUCAACUUGCAUUGCUUCUCCUUCAACUGAUUGCAAAUUGUUUAAACUUUCUCAAAUCUCCACCGUCUAUACCCUCCAGUGCUUCGUCAAUCUUUGUGAAUAGUUUUGUUACCAAUCCAUGAAUUGUGUGUCGUCUUUCCGCAUGCAACUCAAAUCUUCAGCCUGUUCCAUUCUUAGGCAAUUGAGCUCUGUGGAUCUCUAUGUAAGGAAUCCCACCCCAUGCAUUCUUUGAUUCUUUAAUGCAUAAUGAGAGUAAAACUCAAUAAACAGGCUGGAUAAACCGUAAGAUAUUGUCAAUUGAUAUCAACAUGCAUUAUCUCUCCUACAUCAACUCAACAACCAACUACGAUGAACAACAAACUAACAAACAAGUUUGGAUUAAGCUAAUUACACCUGAGAUACCAAUCAGAAUUAAGGAUAAUGUUAGUGGGAUUAGUCAUAUGGCAAUUAGUCGAUCGUGUUUGCAAAAUACCUCAGCAACGAUUGUGUUAACUAGAGAACCAGAACUAUAGUUAAAGACAUGUUAACAAUACCUUUAAUAUACAAAAUUUCUAAAGAAAAUGUAUUGAAAAAUGCUGCACAGUGGAAGGUGCUCCGACAACAGGUGUAUGGUGGCCCAUCGUUACCAUCAAUCAUUUCAUGCUAUUGCAUUGAAAAUAUGAAAUUUAUUUCAAAAAAAUUGAAAGAAACAUAAAAAAAAUCAUUUGAAAAUAUUAUUUGCUACAAAAAAUUACUUUUACAUUUAUUUCGACCAUCUUUUUUUAUUAUUCUAUUUUUUCCUUGAAAUUUUUUUGUUUUCGAUUUUAACGGGUUGAUGAAAAAUACCAUGGCUCCUUUUGAGGUCCACUGCGUAAACUACCAGAAUACACUGGAGGAGCAUUUCUGAUUGAAGGCAUGAGAUUAGGCCUAUGCGACAUCAGUUCAGGGCAAGUCAACUCGAUAGCAACAGGUAAGGUAUAUGUGUGUUUCUAACGGAAUAAUAUGUCAUUGUUUGGAUUCAGACAUCAUAUACAUAUUCUCAGCAUCAUAUUAAUUACAAGAUAAACUAAUUUAAGCGAGUUUUAAAAUAUGUAGCAAUACAUGAAAAAAUUAUAAAGAUGACAACAAAAUUCAGUUUAUUUACAAUGCUGGAGAUUGUACAGUGUGUCUACAGAAGUUUCUAAAGAUAGAAUUCUACAACUUUGUAUUCGCAUAAAUUUCUUUUAAAUUUAACUUACUACUUUGUGUCAGAUCUAAAUGUGCUUAUUUGUUACCUCUUAGAUCACCACAUUUUUCUGAAAAUUUUGCAACUUUGCUAGUUUUUAAACAAAUGUUUUACUUAUUCUAACAUAUUUAGCCAUGAUUUUUUUGGCCAGGAUCCAUUUCAUAGUAAGCCUUGAAAAUGUGCUCAGAUACCUCUACAUUAGAAAAAUAAUGAUGCCAUUAGAAAAAUAAUAAUAAUUUUUUUGAUAAUAAAACUUAUUCUGAGACCAUGAUAUGAAACUGGAUAAUAAAAUUGUUAUUUAACUAUAUAUAACAUAUUAUAAUGUAAUAAAAUAUUUUAUGAGAAAAUGUAUGAAAACGAUGCACUCUGGUUUGCAGAGGCCUAAAUAUCUUUGUCAAUGUUAAAAUUUUCACUGCUAAAAUCAUACUCUUGUUUUUUCCAUUUGUAGCAACACCACUCAAUAUCUUUCUUUACGAAAAUCUCGGCAGGAAUGUGCUCACACAUUCUGUGGUACCACUGACUGCACUUGCUGCACUCUACCAUUUGUCUGUUGGAAGUGAAGUUUAUCUUUAUUUAUGAGAAAAUCAAAGGAGAAAUCAGAAGAAAUAGGUUUUGCCUGCCAAGCAGAGAUGGCGAAUGAGGAAGGGGCUGACUAAACUGAAAAGGUAGCUAAACACCUUCCUAAUGCCCGGCUUAUAAUAACCAACCUGAAUGUCUUGGACCCAUUCCCCCCCUAUCACAGUAAAAUUAAUGGUUUGUGAUGAACUUUUACCAUCCCAACUUUUACUUCUUUAAAAAGAUGGAUCUUGUAAGGAGCUGGGAGUACUAAGGAGGAAUAACAAGGAGAAUGAACAAUGUUGUUUAAAGAUGCUGAUUUAAGGACAUCCAGUCAGUGCUUAAAAGCUUGCAAUGAGUAAAAAGAUUUAUCCUUGUUGCAAGUAAAAGGAAAUCUACCUGGAAAGAUUUUGGUUGUCUGAAGGUACCCAGUACAUCCGACAAUUGCAGUGUCAGGGGGCUACAGUCCUUAAUUCCUUCGCUACGUCUUGUGUCAGGGGGCUACAGUGCUUAAUUCCUUCGCUACGUCUUGUUUGUCGUUAAUGUAGAAAGACAAAAUCUUAUCCUCCUCAGUCACUUAGAAGUACCCUUAAGAGAAAGGUACUAAUUUGUUGGAUGGGUACUAAUUUAUGAGACUUAAAUGAGGUUUUCUGUAAAUUGCUAUACCAAUAGUUCUUCUUAAAGCAAAAUUUCAACUUUCAGUGUGGGUGCUAAUUCGAAAAGGUGCUUUUUAAGGGCUAACAGUGUUCCAACUUACAAGUUACAGCAAUGAAAAACUAUCACUUCUAUAGACGAGUUGUAACUAGGGAAAAUUUGGGUAGCUAAAUACUUUUAAAGUUAUCAUCUUUAAGCAUCUUUCGACAAGGUUUUGUGAAUUUCAGCUCCUGUAUCUAUCUCACUGCAAUAUCAUAGAAAUUUGUAUUUUAUCUAAAGAAUAGCCUGCUUACUUGUUAUAUUUGUCGACAAGGAAGUCUUCAAUUAAGAUCGUCAGCAUUCCAGUUACUGAAGUUCUGGUAUGUUUGAGAAGGUACUGAUAUUUGAAAGACUCGUUUUGCCUUUCUGUCACAUUGUUUGUGUUACAGUUGAGGAGGAGCCUGUCUUUGCGAUAAGCCCAGAUCCAUCGCUAGGAUAAACGGAUUUAUUAAUUCAACUAUUUCAUGAAUCCUAAAUAACUCAAUUUGCAUACAUUUUUUGCUGAGCUGUGUUAGAUAAAUGUCGAAGUAAGUUAGUUAUAAACGUAAUUCUUCUAAAAAAACCUUUAAAAAACUUCAGGUUGGGACUUUACCCAGGUAAGAACCCGUUACCAAAUGCCUACCAAAUGACCCAAUUUAGAGAAAUGACGCGACAAUUUCGGGGUGUUUUAAGGAGUUCCUUUCUCUUAAGGGUACUUCUAAGUGACUGAGGAGAAUAAGAUUUUGUCUUUCUACAUUAACGACAAACAAGACGUAGCGAAGGAAUUAAGCACCAAGAAAUGGAAUGCUACCAAAUGGCAUUAGUUUUAUUAUGCUACAAUUUAGAGGUUAUUGUCAAAAAGACUACCUGUUGAGGGUACUUCUAACAUUUUAGCUUUGCCCCUCCUUGACCCAGACUGUAGCCCCCUGUCAGGCCUUAAUAGAUGUACAUUCAGGGGGAACGCGAUUCAAAGCGAAUGCUAAAAAAUUAUGUUCAAAAAAGAAAGAUCUUGGUUUUUAUAUGUGAAUAUUGAACUGUAGUAAUAUUUUCAGAAACCAACGCAAAAUUGUUUUAACCCCUUUAAUGCACAGCCAGAUUCGCUCAAUAUACUCCUUCAAACAUCUGUGUUGAUCGGCCUUCCAAUAUCUCGUUGCAUUCAGCGCUUUGAUGCCUUGCUCACUCGAUUCGAUAGAUUGCGAUCUUGCUCUACGUCAAAGCUUUGACAACACGUCAUCUUUUAUGUCUCUGCAGCCGUUUUUGAAAGCCAUCUUUCCCAUGCUUGCUCACGAUGAAAAUCGCAGAUAAACACCUUACAAUCUGGCAAAAUGCAAAAUAUUUUAUUAUAUCUUUCAAAAAAAUUUAAACAAAUCUGACCUGAAGAUUUUUGCAAGUUAGUUACAUAGAUGGAUAGUUGUUAUGUAUUUUGUUUUGUAUGAAGUCCUUUUUUGAACAUAGAAAUUCUGUGGUUUCAAUAAACAGAAAUUGUAGAGUGUUUGAAAACUAUUCUUGGACCAACAUUUGAAACUAGGAAACGAACGAGUUUAAAAUGUUUUAGUUUCAACGAAAAUUUAAGUCGGAAACAUUCAAGGUUUAACGGCUAACCUUCAUAAACGGUUUCAAUGACAUGGAUUUCUUCGUUGCAGUAAUCUGUCAUAAAAUAUUUUGGGAAAUAAUCCGGAUUUCAGCUCUUAAUGAUCUCAAGUGCUUCUUGGAUACUAUUCGUGUCUUCAUUUUCCAAGACAAAGGUUGCAACAACCUGUUAAUUGACGUUCGUUUUCACCACUAAGAAGAACAACGGCAGCGUGUAUCUUGUUGCUCGAUAUGUUGCAUCUAGAAAAGAGAUUUCGUUUCCAUAGCGCGAAAGCAACCUUCUCUGUUCUGCAGAUUGAUAAAUGAAAAGAAAGUGUCCACCAUUUUUGCUUAGCAGCUUUAUUUCUGCAUCAUCAUCAUCUACACACAUAUCAUCGUUUGGGUUUUCAUGCAUGUCAUCGUUUGACUCGGUGGCUGUCGGACGGAAAAAUAUUUUACUGUUUGUCUGCUCUUCUUUCCAAAUCUUUAUUUUCUCGACAAGACAUUCUUGGUCUAUCAUGGAAUAGCGCUGUUUUCGUUUGGCAUGGACCAUAUGUGAUCGAAUUAUUCGGGUGUUUGGGUAGUAUCUUCGAUUUGUAGUCGAGGGAAGGUCUGCAUUGGCAAACAACUGGCGUCGCAUUUCAUUGACAGUUGUUACACCCUGCUUUACUAACAUGACGAUCUUUUGGACAAGGUAGGGUUCAAUUUCUUGUGAUAUUCCAGCAUUCUAAAACGAGAGUGAUUGAUAUUUUAAAGGAUUCGAAGAACGUGUGAAUUUGAAUGCGGGGCAUGUGCGAGAUCAAACGUCGUGUUGAUUUCUCAAAUUCAACUCAAGACUACAGAAAGAUACCAAAAGAUUACAACAACAAUAUUCAAAUUGCUUUGAUGCUCCUUAGUUUGUAUGCAGUUACCAAAUUCGAGGUUUAAAAAUUUAGUUUCAUUUUCAAAGAAAUUAUUUUACAUAGAACUUACUCAGGUAAUUUGUGUAGUUAAUACGAAAUCAUUAAAUCGUCGAGCAAACAUAAGAUUUAUAAUUAUGGGUAGAAUUACUUCUCCAAUAGAAUGGCCGCUGUGCACUGAUACAUCAGGUAUCACGAGUUGAAACCUCCGCUUGAACUCUGUAGGUGUUUUGCUUUGCAAGUCUGUUUUCAAAGCUUUAGCUUUUUGGGAUCUUUUCCAUUCUGUAUUGUCGCAAACCUGUGUAAAACAGUAAACUGGGCUUAUAUGCUGUGAUGUUUGGCAUGUACGAAAUUAAACAUGAUGAUAAUGAAUAUUCUUAUGUUUACCAGGUUAUACCUAAAUCGAUAAACCCUGUUAAAUUACACUGACUUCCUUUCCUAAAUGUACGUAAUCUAGCUAGAGCAGCAAACAGAGCGUCUUAUCCUCUAACAAUCAUAACUCUUUUCCUGGCAUUAUUGGUGAUCAGCUGCAGUUCACUGUUAAGCCUUUCUUCAUAAACUUUGUGAAUUCUCAGUUUUGCUUCUCAAUUCUUUUGAAGAAUAUAUGAACUUCCCAAAAUGAUUCAUCAGGAGACAAACCUUGUGACUUGGAAACUCUAUGAUUUCUUUCAUUUUGACAGUGGCUGGACAAUUGAAUUUCUUUGUUGUCUGUAGAAAUGUCUUUUUAGUUUGAUAAUGAUGGUCUUCCUUCUAAAAGAUAGUUGGGAUGCAUACUGGUGAAUCUUGAUAGUUUAUCCAUUAGAUUUGGGAGGAAGGGAUAUGAAUCAACAUUAUUAGUGUAACUGUGUUCACUUUGUGUUCAAAGAACACUUGGGAUUUACCAAUUUUAAGAAAUGAAUCCUAUUUGAAAAUUGGUUUUUACAAGAUUUUUUGGCAAGAUGGCAUUUUUUCAUUGUAAAAUGUUCCUAUUGGAUUUACAUUUCGCAUAACUGCUAUCUCUUUCAAGUCAGUGUGCUCAGAUUUUGUUUUAUUAGCAAACAGAAAAUUGUAUGAAGUCAACCUAAUCAAUCUAGGGGGACAAUGAAUUUCUCAAAUCAUAGCUCCUACUCUGAAUAUUUAUAUUUAAGGUAAUGUCUAAUUAUUUUCAGGUUUUUGGAUGGUUACUAAACAGACAAUAAAGACUUUUGGAACUCACAGAUUGAAUGUACUGCUAAGCUUUCUUUUUCCCCGUUCUUUUCAAAUUUCUAUCAACUCCAUGCUGGCAAUCAAACACUUUCUGAUUUACAAUCAUAAAUGGCACAUUUCCAUUCCAUUUCACCACAUGCUUCUUUUUGGUGAAAUCUGGAAUUAUUGAAAAAACUUGUUAAGCAAAUUUAAAGAUCUAUCAUGUGAGUGGUUCUUCAAAUCUUUUUGAGUUCGUCAAGAAUGUUAAUUUGAUUAAUGCCCAGGGGGUUUACUAAAUAAUACUGACUACCAAGGAAAAGUGUCUGCUUAGAGGGUCACCUUCCUCAGGUGAACAUUCAGGUAUCUUUGGACUUUACCCUUUGACUCUUUGUCCUUGAAGAUACUGUUUCAAAAAUUGGUAAUGAAAAUGGAAGUGUUGCCCAUUUCAUAGAAAUAUUCUCUUAAAGCUCCACAUAGGAUUAAAGUCCUUGAAGAGAUUCUUGGCUAAUUGUCUUGUAAAAUAUCUUUGUAUUACAAAGCUUAUACGUCAUCCUGUACCAAGUGCUAAGCAUUCUGUUUACAAAAAACUUUUGUACAUGAUUGUAAAUGCAGGGGAAAAGGAGUGCUUCUAACGGCUUAGAUUACAUCUAAAAUUAAUGGCAUUAUAAAUUGUUCACCAGUUUCUCCAAACCCUUUUUCUGAAUAGUAGGCCGAGUAUCUUAAAGUAUGUUCUAUUUCAUGCCUUUUAAGAAUAUCCAGUGCUUCUUGAAUGGUUUCUGUAACCACUAAUAUUUCAGUGUUACAUGAAUCUAAAAUGACUAUAUCAACUAUUGAUUUUUUUGACACACAAGCUUCCAAAGAGGGGUCAGAUAAAACUACAUAUCUGAUGAAAUGGCAUUUCAAGAGAGGCAUGACUAUUCAAGUUUUUAAAAGGAGAUGUAAUCUCAGCAGCACCACAAUUUCGUUUUGAGUUACUCGAUUGAAAGAGUGAAAGAAAGUAAACAGAGUCAAAGCAGAAACAACAUUAUUUUGUUCUUUUUGUUUGAAACUAUUCUAUGUGUAAAUUGUCGGAUAAUGACAUGGUGAGAUUCCACAACAUACAACACUAUACAAAUAUGUUUAGAUAAUAUCAUGACAACUUACAACAACAACAAAAGUUUAAGUUAAUUUGUUAGAGUAAAACUAGAAAAUAAGAAUACAAAACUUAAUGGACACAUUUUUCAACAUGAUAACAUUUAAAUUUGUAUAGGGAGGAAUUUCUUAAUUCUCAGUAGAGAGACUAAUCAAGAAAAGUGCACCCCAUUCCCUAAAAACCUAUUUGUAACAUUUUUACUUGGUUAUCAGAAUUUCUGAUACGGCCGUCGCCAGCCAAUCUGCUUAAGGGGGGAGAGUGAGUUAGGCGCUCAAGUUCAAUUUGCUGACUAGGUAAAUGAGCCAGUUUGAGAAUUCGCCGAUGAAAUACCCCCAGAUGGCCAAAAGCUGUUCUUUUUGCAACAGGAUUUUUUCAAGGGGGUGUCACAACCCUAGUGACGGCCCUGUUGUCAUGCACCAUGGUAGUGACGGCUCUGUUGUCUGGUCCUUGAUCCAUUAUCAAAGCUAGAAAUAAACUGAAUAUAAAAUAUAAUAGUUAUCACUACCUCAUUCUCUAUCGGCAUUUGAUGUAUUUUCUAGUUUUUUCGGUAACAUUCGUAGCACUACAUGCAAAUAUUGUAGCUUACCUAUAGCCAAAUUAGCCAUAACAGGUGAAAUUUGUAAUAUUUUAUUUUCCGAAUCAGGCCAAUCAUUCAAGUUUGUUUUAAAAGAAACUAGCAACACCUGUUAGAGAGCAUUAAUAUGCGGUUCACAGCUUUCUGACGAAUUUGAGCAGGCUCUCCUCUUCUUUUUGCAGAACACCUCUUCUCAUAAAAAUCCUAGGUUUUUCUCUUGUUUGACUUUUUCUAACUAACAAGGGUUAUAAGGGGAAUUCUUAUGAUUCUUUAAAAUGUCGAUUAGGAUUGGUCCAUCAACACAAAGAUGCGUUGAUUAAAUAAAACAACAACUCACCCGCGAACCAAACAGGCUCUACCAGACUUAUUGCAACGUCAAUAGUCCAACCGUUAUCCUAGAGAGAUAUGGAUUGAAUAGAUUUUUCUGCAAAUCUUAACCAAUAAUAGAAUUGAUAAUGGACACGUCUAACUGCUUGAUGAAUUGAGUCGAUGUCUGGAGGCAAUAACUGCGAUUAUUUCGUUUUCAUGUCUUUAUACAAGAGAACUCUUGUGUCCACAUACGACUCAUCCCUUCUCCCAGAAUACAUAACAGUUUGGACGAAAACAAUGAUAUCCUUGAUACUCUGCAAAUCCAACUCUUUAGACUCUACCAACGAACUCAAGAGAUCUAGUGAACCUUGAUUCUUCAUUACUUUCUUUAGGAGUUUGACUCUCCCAAAUCCAUAAAAGAAGGAGGUUGUGUCACACCCUAAAAUUGAGUGAAUGUGGGGUAAAUGCAUCAAAACCUUUUCACCCAAAAUAUAAUCACUCUUUUCCACAUACACUUUUUCAACGUCAACAUAUUUCUCGUGAUCUAUUUUCAUAAACCACUUUGAACAUGGCUUGACAAUGGCAUAAGCAUGCACAAUUAUUACUAGUACAUCUGUGUCCUUGGCAACUACCACUACGACUGUAUCUUUUUCACAUGCCUGUAAAACAAGUCUAGAGUCGGCUUCUUCAUGGUUGCAUUCAUAAGACUCUGAAGCGCCAUCACGAGUUAUUUCCCAUUGUUGUUCCUGCUCCGUGAAAACCAAUGGCAUUUUCAAAUGUGGCCUACCCUCUUCACUUCGGAAAAAUUUACUUGCUAAUUGUAUCAAGUCCUUUUUAUUCUCAAUUUGGUUGAAAAAGCUUGCCCAUGAAUUACCUUGGAGCAUUUUUUGGUUGAUCACUUGUAUGCGAGUACGCUGUGGUAUUUUACCUCUUUUAAGCCUUGUCCCGUUUUUCGCACUUAAACUUCAGUAGGUAUCAUUGAUGAAUUCAAUCGACAAGGGGCUGGCAGCUGCAGAUGACGUAACAAAGUUUAGUAAUGAAAUAAGCCAUUCCAGUAGUCUCCUUUGCCUUAACAGAACAUACUGCCGCCAUACCAUCAACUAACCAUCGUGCAUUUUUUGGACAUUCAAUUGUCACUGACUUUGAUUCUUCCACCAUAAAGUUUCUGAAAACAUUUUUAGAGGACUGGUGGAGUUCCCCUUCCGGUGUUGCAAUGCUAAGUGUAACAACAGUUAGCAGGUACUUGAAGGCGAUGUGAAGAUCCACUGAAUUGCUCAGCAUUGUCCCAAACGCUUGUCUAUCUUGCUUUAAUACGGUCAUUAUUUUAGGAACCUUCUUUUCCUUCUUUAACUCUGUUGGUAGCAUAACCUUCUUUAUCAGCUGAAAGGAAUCUACAGUUCCUUUUACAAGUCUUUCAUCUAUGAACUGCAAAUACUUGUCAUUUCCCAAUAAAGGUGCAUUUAGCAAACCUGCAAUAACUUUUUUGUCAAUUUCUGAGCCAGUCUUUGGUGCCUGGCUGGACCAUCUGCAAAUGGAUAAAUUUGAUAGCUUGUCGGUUUGUCUUUGAGUGCGUUAACAUGAGCAACAUGCAUAUUCUUUCCAGAUGGUGUUUGUUCCUUGAAGAAGUAGAUAUAUUGAUCUUUUCUCUUAAUGCUAACUGUAAUUUGGCAUGUACGUGCGUCGUUUUAAUCCAAGUGUUGGUGUUGCUUGGACUAGUGCUAAAUCCCCCUCUAAAAGGACCAGCGUUUCUUUUUGUUUCUCCGUUGAAUACUUCUGUGAUCGAAUCCCCCUGAAUAUUUGAAAAUUUCACACCGGAAAGACUGCCUCCAAAUCCUCUGAGCUUUUAAUCUGUAAAAGCUGGAUCAUUUCUUCUCUCUAAAUCUCGUAAAUAAACGUGCUGGAACAACAUAUAUCUUGAAUAAUUGAUAUGAUCAAAUGCGAAGCACAGCUUCAACAUUUCCCGUUCUGCCUGUAAAUGUUGUUCCAAAUUGCUCUCACGGACAGUAGAAACUAGAGCAAGCUAAGAUGAAACAUCUUUUAGAUAUGCCACAGUCAUCUGGCACUCUGUACCUUCGCUACAAUAAGUAAUCUUACUGUACAACAGGUUAUACUCUUGAUCUUCAAGGACCAUGUUGACUGUCCCAAAAUCCAGUUCAGACCUCAAUUUCUGUACCAGCUAAAUAAAAAGUGUGAUCCAUCUUUUCGUAAUUUGCAGUUAAGCUUUAGGCACAAAAUUGAACUAAAGCCUUGAAAGUCUCCUUGUGAAGUCGCAUGUUGCGGUAGUAGCAUGGCAGUCAAAUCUUUGAUUGGCUGUGAGCUCUGUUCGCUACCAUGUUCUAAGCCAAUCAGCACACAGGAUUCUCACAACAAAAUCGCUUCGCAGCUAGAAUUAGGCCCAUUUUCGCCAUUUCAGCGUGUUUUUACCACAUUGUCUACAAAAAACAUUGCACGCCUCUACAAAGCGAAUUUCCACCUUAUUUUUUGUCCAGUUCAUCAUCAUGCGUUGCUAUUUAACCUAUAUUGGCGCCACUGUUCGAGCACAAAGAAUAAUAUAAAAAAACACCUUGCAAAUGAUCGAUAAAUUUCGUGUCGAGAUGCAGAUAAAUUACGUUUUUUACUUCUCCCCACCGAAAGCGCUUUAGACAUUUCACAUUUAGACAAAAUCAAUUAUAUACUUACCUUAAAACUAGGAAUGGUUCAUAAUCCCGUCAUAGAUGCACUCACUGUUCAGCCUUAUAUUUGGCCGUGAUCGUCUAUGUAAUUAUCACAACGGCACAAAGGCUUUCAUAUUCACCCUCAAAGUCAAUAAAUGUAUCUUUGUCCUCUGGAAUCUGAUUUCAUAAAAGUGAAAAAUUUCAGCAACAGCCCAAAGUAAUUUCAAUCAUGAUUUGCCAACGACAAUUGACCAUUAUUACUAAUUUUAUGUGAUGAAAAUGGCGAAUACACUCACACGGUAAGACUGGAAUCUAAUAAAAUUUGAAAACGGCGGGAAAAUUUUGACGAAAACCCACCCUCGAAAUUUCAAGCCUACAGUUCUCAAUGUGGGCUCUCUAAGUGACUAAUUUAAACCUAUUGCAUCAUAUUUAUUCUUAGUACCCCCUGAUUAUUACAGAAUCUGUGAAUGUGAAUUUAUAUGUUUCAACACCAAACUCUAGGAUCACAGAAAUAAAGAAAAUUCAUGUCAUUGGAUUUGUUACAAGUUUCCAUUGUGGCUCAAACCCUGUCCGUCUGAUUGUACUAACUGCAAAGUCAAAGGGUUACAUGACUCUGCAACCAUGCAUCAUCUCUGAUUAUUUGCUGUAAAUGAAAAUUAUAGCUUAAUGUGUAUAAUUUUGUAAACAUCCCAAAUUUGAAUUUAUCAGUUGGAUAAUCAAUUGUCCGUUUUUAAAAAUUAGACUUCUGUAGAGUGUCUGUAGAAGAACUGGUUUUCUUAAUUUCUGUCUGGAGAGACUGCUUCUUUGACAGUUUUUUUGAAUUUUUAUGUUUUUCCCUGAUAUCCUUUGCAAA